AUUCAUUCAUACAUACAAUCCACAUAUACAUAUAUAGAAGAAAAGAAAAGAAAAUGGCAGACAUCGCUGGCACUCGGGCCUACUACACAAAGACCAACGUCGCCGUCGAGGGUGCGGCGGCCAGGAGGCACCGGAGGAACCAGAUGAGGAGGAGGAGGAACUCCGACGACGCCGCCGGGGAGGAGGAUGUGCCCCCUAACGGCAGAUCUGACCACCAGGAGGGCGGCGCCGCGGUGCAUGGAAAUGGCCGCCGUGACCGAGUCCCGUGGUGGAGGAGUGUUGUGCCCGUGGCCGGGGCGGUUGCGGUGGCCGGGCGGCAGCGUCAAAUGGAGGACGCCAUCACUGUAUGGAUGGACCUCUGCUCGCCGCUCAUCAACCGCGGCCUUCCGGUGCAUUACUUUGGGGUUUAUGACGGCCAUGGAGGAUCUCACUUCUCUACAAUAUGCAAGGAGAAGAUGCAUGAAAUCAUAAAGGAGGAACUAAUCGGCGCGGCGGCGCCGGGGCUGAUCACCGACGAGAGCUUGCUUCAGGAGACAUGGAGGAACGUGAUUAAGCGCGUCUACGCGAGAACUGAGACAGUGGCGCUGCACACAUGCAGCGCCUGCGGAAGCGAGGGCUUCCGCUGCAACUGCGACCGCAGCUCCCUCUCCUACUCCGGCACCACCGCCGUCGCGGUGCUCGUCACGGAGAACCACUUCGUCGUCGGCAACUGCGGCGACUCGCGCGCCGUCCUCUACCGCCGCGGGAGGUUCCUCCCCCUCACCUUCGAUCACAAGCCCGGGAGAGCUGAUGAGAAGGCGAGGAUUGAAGCCAGCGGUGGACAGGUGGUGAACACCGACACUGCUCGAGUUCAAGGGAUCUUAGCUAUGUCUCGCGCAAUAGGAGAUAUGUUUCUGAAACCGUACGUGAUAUCUGAGCCGGAUAUGACGUUCAGAAGGAGGAAGGGAGAAGACGAGUUUCUGAUACUAGCGAGUGAUGGGCUGUGGGAUGUGAUCCCGACGGAGAUGGCGGGGCGAGUGGCCCGCCAGUGCCUGAAUGAGGAGGCCGGCGGUGGUUCCAUCUUUGUGCCGGAGAAUGAGGCCUUCGGUCAGCCGGUGCCCUCGAGGAGCGCGUCUGCAGCGUCUCUGCUCACGCGCCUCGCCUUGGCCAGGAGCAGCGUCGACAACAUCUCCGUUGUGGUGGUUGAUCUCAAGGGAGCUGGAGCUGAUGAUGUCUAGCUUAAUUAAUGUGGAGCUGCCUAGCUGCUUAAUUAUAUAAGUACUGGUUUUUAUUAAUUAAGGGUUUCUGGGAAUAAUUUGAGUCUGGUUAUCUAGUAUUUGAUGUGAGCUUUGUUAAACUAUGAGUCGAGUCGAGUUGAGUUGAGUACUGUUUUACAUGCUAAUUAAGUGUUUUUCAUUAUCAA